GGACCACCAACUGGGUUACUUCUGAGGGCCUGCAAACCCGGCUCUAAUUGAUAGUCGCAUCAUCGUUUGCGAAUGACACUGAAGCUAUGACCGAUUGAUAUCAGGUCAAUGCCUUGCCAUGUUAGGCAACAGGGGCCCAGAUCCCUUGCGGGCGCAUCCUCGCGCCUCCAGCUUGCGCAAUUCCGACAGAGGAAAUUCUAGACCGUCAUCAAUCGCUGCGCCGGACUCGAACAGCCGUCCCACAUCUUCAAGAGCUUCAACUGUGACGUUACUCGCUCCGACUCGCCAUGUUGAACGGGUUUGCAAUGUGUGGGUGCAUGAGGAGGCCUUUUCAAAGGAAGACGUGGUGCUUGACAUUGCCCUGUUUCCAAAAGGAACGGUUCGAGUAGGCGACUUGGGUGAAAUCGCUGGCUUCAACACGACUACGGCGGUUCGUGACUUCCAGGAUGCUGCUCAAAGCACCUUCAAGGAAACCGGCGGCGGCCGAUCGGUGGCCGAGGGCACGUCUAUUGAGCCGGCAUCUACUCUAUCUGAGAGGAAAUUGAGCGGUGCAAACAUACUUAGUCUGGACGAGAGCCGUGGAUCUUUGGAGAGCAGUCGUGAUGUCGAUCCCCAUAAGAAAUAUUGUUUCAUCAUCAAGGACAUCACCAGCGAACAGAGAGCAAAAUACCCGAAUCUCCAGGUGUCCGUAUCUUCCAAGAUUGCCAAUCGAUUUGGGUUCAAAAACAGGACAAAAGUUCUUAUUUCGACCAUUGAUAAAGCAGUGCACACUGCCUCCCAUAUCGAAAUAUCCUUUCGUGAUGAAUACCUGACGCGCGCAGAUAUGUGGCGAUUGGCAAUAUCCGAACUCAGCCAUAAGACUGUGUAUCGAGGGCAGAAGCUUCUGUUCAUGGGCACAAUCAAAGCAACUGUAAAGAAUAUUUACGUUCGUGGACGAAAGACACAGUCAGCAUACUUUUCCGGUAGUACCAAACCUUUGUUCCGAAGUGAAUCCGCUCGUUUUGUGCUCUUUAUUCAAAUGUCAAAAGAGAUGUGGGAUUUUGAUCCCGAAGGAGGUGGAGAUAUCAUGUUCAACAAGGUCAUCAAUGGAUUUCUGCCGGAACUCUUCAAGCGCUGGGUUCGCAUGAAUGCACGACAUCUAGUCUCCAUUGUCCUCUUCACCCGGCUCGAAUAUGACAAGGGUGCGGCUGCCGGGUUCGAGGGUUUGGAGGCCACACGUUCCGCAUUCAUCAAUAAUGAGGGCAACAAGCUUUACAAGGACCAUUACCGUGUCGUUGUCAGCGAUAUGUCUAGUGGUGAAUGGGCUUCCAUCCUAUUUCAGUUGAAGAAGGAAUUCAAAAUAUUCCUUCGAGAAGUCUCAAUCCAGAGGACCCGGGGAACAGCCGCUCAAUCUUCCAAAGGGGAAAAUGCUGCAACGACGGAUAAGCCGGAAACCAUAAUUGCCGGUCAUCCUUCGGCGGCGAUUCAUGGUAAUAUUCUCGAGGCAGUCUAUCUAGGUUCCCGCCAAUUCUCCAGUGACUAUAUUGACCGUGACCUCGUCCGUACCGGCAUCUCACUUGUCAUCAUCACCCCUGGUGUGGGGCUUUUUGAGGUCGACUACAACAUGCUUAAAAUGACAUCGGAAACGCUCGUCAAUACUGGAAUCGGCCUAGAUCUAGUCUGUCUCUCAAGACCGCCUUUGCAUUCCGUCCCUCUGUUCAAAUACCGCAAUCCCCAGGUUCAAUCUCGUCUCAACGAUCAUAAUCACCAGUACAGGAGCUUGAGUGCAAGCAGUACCCCGCGUCAACACUACCCUAUUUUUGGGAGUCUGUCCACGCGCGAGAGGGCUUGGUCUCCAUCCAGAUUUUCCGAAGGUGGCUUUAGUCCCCGGCACCUGUCCAAGCUUGCUGCGGGUCCAAGACCCGGUGAAUGGACCUAUGCUGUUCCCCACUGGAUCGAUGUCUCUUUCUGGAACUCAACUUCGGAUGAAACGCUUGGGACAAUGGAUGACGAUGGCCUAAAGCUACAACAGCAACCCCGUCAUCGUCGACUGAAUGAGCGGAAAGCAUUCAUCACUCGUUGCAAGAUGUAUGAACUUCAGAUGAUGGGCAUCAUGGAAAACGAGAUGAGUAAUAUUGCCAUCCCCUUCCUUCAUGAUAGUCCGGGCUAUCCCCGCGACCGCAAUCUUCUUUCUCAACCCACCGCCUUAUCUUUCAGCUCCCAGCAUUCCUACACAGAUACCGGAACUGGCUCAACCUCACCUCUCUGUAGCUCUCCAACACAAAUCAAAAUGCACCGGCCGUCAAAGACUGGCUUUGGCAACUUUGGCAGGCUUGAACGCGAUCAUCAAUAUUCUAGUCAGGACAAGGAGGCUUUCAAAUGGAUGGAUGUGUACGAUGAUUUGGUGUUUCGCUCUCUUGCGCAGCGCCGCGAAAUGCAGAGAGCUUCGCGACACAAAGCACAAACGGAGGAACAAAGAGGUUCACUUAGUAUUCCAGAAGACGAAGCCGCUGUCACAGAUCGUUCUGGUCGAUCCCCCGGUGGCCUGAACGCCCCAACAGCUACCACCUUUUUCGACCGCAAAAUGAAGGAACGACAAGUCCUGAAAGAUCCAGCAAAUUCUCGGAGAGAUAGUAUGGCCAGCACAAUGAAUCUGGCGCCGCCAGCAAAGCCCGCUAGAUUGUCAAGGCAGAUAAGCUUUGGGUUACGCGGAUUUGGGACGGCCGCCCCGAAGGCCACGGCUAGCACUGAAGUGACAUCCGAAAACGCGCGGCCCGGGCAGCUUUUCUCAAGUGGCUUCAGCUUUUUUACAAAAAAACAAGAACCGAAUAAUAACAUGUCAUCCUCUUCGAGUUCAAUCAGGCCCGAAGAUCCUGCUUUCAAUGGCGACUCGCCGGGCUCUAAGAGUCCGACGAGCGGCUCUUCAGUGCCAGAAAACGUUAAACAGGCCGAUGAACCCUCCCAGCCAAUAGCCAUCAAAACUUCGACCAAGCCCGCGUCAGAGUCAAGCCAGACAGUAUCAAAGCCUGAAUUGAAAGAAAGGAAGGAGCCCGAGCUCUUGGCGCCGCUCCAGGCUGCGUCUAUUAACAGACAAGCUGGGCCAAAAAUUGACCUCACUCCAAGUGUCAACCCUGUCGAUGAUACCUCUACAUUGUCUCCUGCAAAAGCGCUAUCCCCGUGGCUGACUACUCUUAAUCCAUGUAAUCCAAAAUCUACAAGCAGCGAUACACCAAGCCAGUUUCGGCGAUGGCAAUAUCUGUACCCGCGCGCCUCGAGAUAUAGUUCAAUCAAAUGGAAAUCGCUUUGCUCUCCAGCUGCGACGCCUCUAACAACAGAGUACUUUCCGACGGCUGAACAGUUGGCAAACGAGUACCAAGAAAGCCCUUAUCACAUAUCGCCCAACGACGAAUUAGAUCUGCCCGAUCUUCCUCGUACUCGAGAAUCUCUUAUGAGAGAGCUUAUCGCCUUUCGCCUUUCUCAUGGGUUCCAAAUUGUGGUUGGGCCCGCUGUUGCAGAAGCCAUUGGCAAACCCUCUCUGAAGAUGGUUGAUGUAUUUGACAGCAACUAUACGGCCGAUGAUGGCAGCAUGGUUUUCAUGUCUUUGGGGAGCCUUGUCCACCAGUUAUUGUGCGUUGAAGGGGAUGAGGUCGAGGUGAAGCGAUUUGUGCGAAAGCCCACGGCGGCUUUGGGACCAACCGUUGUUUCUGGGUCUCAUCUUUAUUAUACACCUGUAAUCCAAACUUGGAUUGCUAGACAGUACGAACCUCGACAGAUCCCCUUGGCGCCACCCAAGGAUGACUACAAUUGGAACUUUGUGGACACGUUCUUGGCCGGCUAUGAAAGCGACUUCACAGAUCAUCUACGCUUUUGGCGAACUCGAUUCGUCCUUAUCCCACUGACAUCUCAUGCAAACCCUCGUCGGCACAUGCAUCUCACCAAUGAAGAUAACGAAGAAGAGGUUCGACUUGAAGGAAUCAGAAAACUCACACAAGUAUGGCAACGACACCGUUAUGUUUCUCCCGAGGAGCGGCAGUUUCAAGCACCAUCACGAACUCGCAAGGAUCCAAAUCCACUCGACAUUAUAUAUCAGACGAGGGAUCCCUCUGACAUUGUAACUGCUGAGUUGGACAGUCUGUCUCUGGCUGAAGGUGACGCGGCUGGGCGUCAAAGCCAGUUAUUGCCAGACACGGAACCAUUUCAAAGAGCAAAUGUAAAUCUUUCUUUGUUGGCAAAGGAGAUACAGGGAGAACGAGGUGUUAAGAUGGUUGAUCGGAGAUGGCACUGGAGACUGCACUACAACUGCUUCAUCGGCUUUGAUCUCACCACGUGGCUGCUGAACAACUUCAAAGAUGUCGACACGCGUGAGGAAGCGGUCGAGCUUGGGAAUGAGCUGAUGAAGAGUGGCCUCUUCCAACACGUUGACAAACGACACCAAUUCCGCGACGGUAAUUUUUUCUACCAACUAACACCAGAAUACCGAAGCAUUCGUCCUGAAUCGCGAGGGGGCUGGUUCGCUGCGCGACGUUUCGACAAGUCCGUCCCGUCUACGCCGUUGUCCGAGACUGCACGAGACUCACCAAGGGGGGAUCGGUCCCGCUCAAGCUCAAACGCUGAGGACGUCUUGACAGACUCCGGUCAAUUGACCCCCACGAAGUCUGCUACAACCACAACCACAACCACAACCACAAAGAAGCUCAAAGUUUCUCUUAGCCGAAUGAUGAAAUACGACGUCGACCCACGACGACGAUCAUAUCGAGCUGAGCUAAUCAAUCUUCACUAUGACCGCCUCCAUAAUCCAGACAGUUGUUACCACAUCCGUCUUGAAUGGAUGAAUGUGACGUCGAAGCUUAUUGAGGAUGCAAUAGUGUCGUGGGCGAACAUAGUAGAAAAAUAUGGCCUCAGGCUCGUUGAAGUGCCGAUAGAGGAAGCGUCAUGCAUUACGCGCCGCAAUCCCUUCCGUUCUCCAUACCCGAUCAAACUGGCUCUACCUCCGCCGGCCACCCAGCCACAUCACUACUUCGACACGGCUCCCUUUGCGACACAGCCUCACAUGGACAAAUUCUACUUUCACAAAGCCAUUCUCAAACGAUUCAAUUUUGUCCUCGACCUUGAAGCCGCGGGUAAUUUUCCGGACGAUGUCGAUGUGAGCUAUUCUUGGGGCAAACCUGACUAUCGUUACUCGCAAUAUAUCCAUCGAUCUGGAACGCUACUCGCGCAGAUUACCGAUGAAGGCGAAUUUCUUCUCCUCGCGAACCGACUGUACAAUAACUCUCCUAUCUCGUCCAAGGAGAUUCCAUCGAGAUUCUCCCACCUGCCUACCCAGCAGUACAGCGGUCAAAAGUCGGAGGAACGAAGCGUAAGUGGUCUCAGUGCAGUGAGUGCUGGUAUCACUACCGCCGGCGGCGCUGGCAGUAGUACUACCUCCGUGCCCAACGUCAGCGGCAAUCCAAGCCUUGGUGACCGCCGCGCCAUGCCAGCAGCGCUCAGCAGCACCAGUCUCACGGGCUCCGCCGUGAACAGCGGACGAACAUCACUGCGUCAAACGCCCUUUGCUUCGCCAAUGGUCCGCCCUGCCGCGUCACCCAUGUUACGUGCUGUGCCAGAUACGUCGUUCAGUCUAGCGAACUUCCCGGCGAAUACGAACUAUGUACCCUUGCACACUACGCCUGAGAAACUCAAGGACGAAUUCGAGGCAUUCUGUAUCAGCGAGUCAGCUCUUGAACGCUUCUACGAAGACACAAUCGGCAAAUUGGCCUCGCCCAGUACCAGCACACCUAUGCUGGAGGCGAGCAUUCCAUCACUAGCCCUUCCGCAGAGCUUGAUGAACCGUUUUGCCUUGACGCCGUCACCCUCGCCGUCAAUGGUCACGGCAACGAAGAUUCCGGCACCGCCGACUUCGGCGCCGCACUGUGCGAGCGCAAGCCCUUCUAGCUCGUUAAGUCAGGCAGAUAGUGCUGCAAGUGCGAAGUCGGAUAUCACAGAACAUGGAUGAAUUAAUAUAUCUUCGUUUAUAUACCGCCUUUUCUUUUCCAAUUUGGUCCAUUUUUCGGCAGUCUAUUUCCAGUGAUCUUUUUUUCUUUUCCCCUUUCCCAUAUUUACGAGAUAUCCAAAAGUCGUAUCGGCGUUCAUUUUGAUGGUAUCCUCCUCUUUGUAUAUUGUCUAAUUGUCGAGUUUUCGAGUUUAUAAUCUGAAGCCCGUGGACACAGCGGAGCUGUAUGGAAUUUGUUUGUCGUAGAAGUUAUGCAACAUUUGAGAUUAUUUACAUGCGAGCUGGCGAACCA